CACUACUCUCACACUCAUUCAUCCCAUCCAGCCCUUUUUACGUCCCAUCUCUCAACUCUCUUCCACUUUCUAUACCCCAAAACCCUCUCUAUCUCACAAACCCAAAACCCAAAAAGACGAAAAAUACCCUCCCUCGUUCCCCUUCUCCGAUGAAAGAACCCUAGCCCUAAAAAAAAGAAAAAGAAAAACAAAGAAGAAAAACAUAGAAAUGGAUUCAACCCCACCGGCGUCGGACCCAACUCAGUCAACCGUUGAGUCAUCAAUCGGGUCAGGGUCAGCAUCAGCAUCAGCAUCAGCAUCAGCAGCGGCGGCGGCGGCGGCAGCACCACCGAGUCGGUACGAGUCGCAGAAGCGGAGAGACUGGAACACGUUCCUGCAGUACCUGAAGAACCACAAGCCGCCGCUCACGUUAGCGAGGUGCAGUGGGGCGCACGUUAUCGAGUUCCUGAAGUAUCUGGACCAGUUCGGUAAAACGAAGGUACACGUAAGUGGGUGCGCCUUCUUCGGGCACCCGAACCCGCCAGCGCCGUGCGCGUGUCCGUUGAAGCAGGCGUGGGGGAGCCUGGACGCACUGAUCGGACGGCUGAGGGCGGCCUAUGAGGAGAACGGGGGGAGACCCGAGUCGAACCCGUUUGGGGCACGAGCGGUGAGGAUUUAUCUGAGGGAGGUGAGGGAAGGGCAGGCGAAGGCGAGGGGGAUACCGUACGAGAAGAAGAAGCGGAAGAGGACAGCUGGGGCGGGGGAUGGAGGGGAGGGAAGUGGUGGUGGUGGUGGUGGGCCAUCUUCAGGAGGGGAUGGGGGUGGAGGGGAUGUGGAUGGAGGUGUAUCGACGGCUGAGAUUGCAUCGGGUAGUUAG